AUGUCUGCGCAAGGUGCUACAUUUAUGUCCGUGUGUAUUGUUCUGCUUGUAAGUGGAACAUCACAAAAUACCAAGCCAAUAAGUGGUUCCAGUGAAUCUGGUACUUUUCGUGGUGCUGAUCAAUAUGACUUUUCCAUCGUUAUCUCAGGAGGUGAGCAGGAAUGUUUCUGGCAUUAUGCAGACAAGGCAGGCUAUUUUUACUUCAAUUAUGAGGUUCAGUGGAUGAUGGGAUUACAGAAUAACCGAGCUAUAACUGCCACAGUUAAUGCACCCACUGGGCAUUUGAUUGAUACAUCCAGAGAAGCAAGUGGCCAAAUUAAUUUCAAAACAAAUGAAUCAGGUUUUUAUCAAAUUUGUUUGAGCAACUUUUUGUCGCGCUUUGGAUCAAAGCAGAUCUUUAUCAGUUUUGGAGUUUACUAUGAUGGUUUUGGUGAGAAAACAGAAGCAGAAAAUAAAGCAAAAAUUCAAUUGAAUGAUACACUUUCUGCUAUUCGGGAUACUACCAUCAAAGUACAAAGCUACGUCUUCCACAUGUGGAGAUACUAUAACUUUGCCAGGAUGCGCAAAGGAGCUGAUUAUUUUAUUGUACUAGCAAGCAAUAAUUAUGUGAAUCGGUGGUCAUUUGCCCAGAGUGUAGUCAUUGUUUCAUCUGGUGUAUUACAGCUUUACUUUCUGAAACGUCUAUUUGCUGUGCGAGCCACCACCGCAAGUGAAAAAUCCAGAUGCUAGAUGUAGUUAAAUUGAAAAAAUAUCACAGCUAAUUCAAGUGGAUUACUAGAAAUUGACAAAUUUUAAACAAGCUUUAUCCUUUCAUCUAAUGUUAACUUCUCACAGACCAUUCAGUACUAGUUUAUUUAGUUUCCUUGAUGCCUGAACUGCCCUUGUUUUAGCCUCACAAAACAAUAAGGUGAAUCUGCCCACAAAUGGAUAAAUAUGCUUGUCUGAAACUUGUGGAUGUCUUUACCAUUUUAGUAGAAUGUGGAUGCCCAAAACUGCUGAUUUCUGAUUAUUGUUUAUAUUCAAAUUUUGAGGGAGAUUUUAUUUCCAGAGAUGACACAAACAAAAUGCAUGGGAAAAUGA